AUGGUUGUGCUCAGCGUGGUGAUGAGCAGCGUGUGCUUGCCCCUUGACGAGCUCAGUGGGCAACUGCUCGAUGACAUCAUGCCGGCGCUGGACCUCACGACGACCGGGGAUGACCUGGACAUGAUGAGGGACAUGAUCGAUGGCUGCUUCUCUCAGCUGAACGACGAGGACGCGAUUCUCAUGGAGAUUCUUUUCACGCGUGAGAAUGGCACCAAAGUGAACAUGAGCGCAAAGAUCAAGGGCCAGUCCACUGACUUGAUGAAGGCGAAGUUCGCGACCCUGGAUGAAAAACUUGCCACGGGAGCAAAGAUGAUGGAAGACCAGAACUUGCUGGAUCUGCUAAGCCUCAUCGAAGACAACCCAGCAGACGCUCUCAUAAUAGGCCCUGCAGACUUGAGCGUAUCGGACGUGCAAAACGCACUACCGUCCGCCUACGUGAACCUGGUCGGCGAUCCUCGAACGCCAGACAGUACUUCUGUCAAGGUCGGAGCAUUCUCGUCGCUAGCAUGCGAUAACCAUACUUUUGCAGGCACCGUGUUCUAUGGACUUGAGACGUUGAAGACCAACAUGAUGUUCGGUGAUUCAGCCGCCGUUGUGACAGCCACAAGCCCCGCUACGUCCUGUACUGGGCAAGUUGACUGUAGCUCAGUGAGCUGGCCAAGUGAGUGCGGCAGUGCCUUAAGCGCUGAACGGAUUGCGUGCGAGGCAGCAUGCGCCGCCGCUAACGACUUGAUGACGCUGAAAGCAAGCAUCGUGGAUGCCAACACGUACCGUUGCGACAUCUUCCAGGACGACGCUGACGGGAACCCCUGCGAUGUGCUCAACAUGGCCGGCGAUGCCACCAAUGGUUACACCAAUGAUUGCCUGUUAGGCGGGGCGUCCUCGGUCACGAGGUUGGCCGUGACCUGCACGCUGGCAGAAUACACGACGUACGUCCGGCAGUGGGAGCAACGCCUGGCAAAUGUGUUCACGCGCGUCGACGACGUGCUCGACGCCAAGCAGGGGCAGAUCUCGGUCAACCUGAAAGACCUUGUGGACGAGUACAUCACUACACCGGUAGAGAGCAUCGUCGAGGGGAGCAGCUGCAAGUUCCUGAAGACCGCCUACGGGGACCUGAUCACGGGCCUGUGCUUCAAGGGCGCCAUGGGCUUUCGAUAUCCAAUUGCCGCUGUCCUACUCCUGGAACGGCGUGCUGACCGCCGUGCUCAUCCUGCUGACGUACGCGAUCUGGCGGCACUCGGUGGACAACCGGAACAAGAGGCGGCGAGAAAGGCCGAGCAGGCGGGCACCGCCGGCGACGCGUGGGCCGCCAGCGAAGCUACGUGA